UACAGCCAAACUGUUCCUGCAAAGGUGAUAUCGGGAAAUGGGGUCGAAAAUUUCGCUCUCUGCGUGAUCAGAAAAAAUUCAGGCUUUUCUCUUUUUUGACAUUCGCUAAAAUCUUACUGCAGUAGACGAUUGCACAAUGUUUUCAAGACUUGUCUGCUUGAGAGCUGCACACCGUUAUAAUUCUAGGCUCCCAUCAAAACUUACCCCCAUUGUAAGACAUGCCUCCAGCCAGCAACUUGUGGAAUAUAUAAUUCGACCUCACCUUAACUACAAAUACAUUGCCGAGAAUGCAGUCAAGAUCAACGAAAAUAUGAAGCAACGCAACGCAUCUGGCGCGGACGCAAUGGUGGUGAAGGAAUUGUAUCACAAACUGGCAGUCAUGACCACCGAAUUGAAUGCACUUAGAGGCCGACGAAAUGAACUUACCAAGAGCACAAAGUUGGCAAAGUCGAAAGAGGACAAAGCCGCCCUGAUUGAAGAAGCAAAGGCUUUAAAAGCAACAAUUCAGGAGCGAGAAAUUGCUCUUGCAUCUGUAGAUAAUCAGCUACUUUCCGAGGCAAUACAAAUUCCAAAUGAUACUAGUAAAGAAAGCCCAAUUGGACCUGAAGACUGUGCACGAGUGGCUAAGAUCGUUGGCACCCCAAUUGAUCCAGAUAAUCAUCCUUUUCCUAUCGCCGACCACCUGACUCUUGCCAAAAAGCACGACAUGGUCGAUUUGGAGACUGCAGCCUUGGUAUCCGGUGCCAGCUUCUACUAUCUCAAGAAUUAUGGUGCUUUACUGGAGGUGGCGUUGGUUCAAUACGCGAUGCACAAGGCAGUUGAACAUGGAUUCAGUCCAGUUAUCACCCCUGAUAUAGUGCGAACAUCCUUUGCUUAUAGUUGCGGAUUCCAGCCACGCAAUAAUGAAAUGUCCCAAAUAUACGAUGUAACAACACCCACCAUGGAUGCAGAUAGCCCGGCAUUGUGUUUGGCAGGAACAGCUGAAAUUCCUCUGGCUGGUAUGUUUGCCAAGAAGAUUUUAAAUGAACAAGAAUUGCCUAAACAAAUGGUUGGAUUUGGUCACGCUUUCCGAGCUGAGGCAGGCGCCCGAGGAGCUGAUACCAAAGGUCUAUAUCGAGUACAUCAGUUCUCCAAGGUUGAACUGUUUGCAGUUUCUCGUCCUGACCAAAGUGAAAUGAUUAUGGAAAAGCUGCUCAAGCUUCAAGAGGACAUUUUUACAGAGUUGGGACUCUGUUUCCGAGUGUUGGAUAUGCCAAGUGAAGAAUUGGGCGGUAGCGCCAACCGCAAAUUCGAUAUGGAAGCAUGGAUGCCUGGUAGAAGGGCAUGGGGCGAAAUUUCAUCUACCUCAAAUUGUACAGACUAUCAAGCUAGGCGACUUAGUAUCCGAUAUAGACCGCGAGAACCAACAGCGCCGUUAGAGUUUUGUCAUACCUUAAAUGGAACAGCCAUAGCCGUUCCAAGAGUUUUGAUUGCCAUCAUAGAAAACUUCCAAGACAAGGAUGGUAGAAUAGAAAUUCCAAGUGCAUUGCGCAAAUGGCUACCUGGAACCCCUACGCAUAUUUAAAUGAGCAUAGAAUAAAAUCCUCAAAGUUGUGGGGCUACUGCCUUGCAAACAUCAUCCAGACUGCGUCGAUUUUUCUGUCCCACAUCAGGAGAC